CCACCGACCUUGAAACAAAAACAAAAACAAACCGUAAAUAAGAAGCAUCUGUAGUAUCAGAGAGAGAUGAAACGAUCGUAGAUUUCAAAAACCCUAAAACAACAAACAACAAACAAAAAAUGGCUUCUCAAUUUUCCCUCCCAAUUCAAAUCCUCCCGUAGACUCCCUUCUUCUUCCAUCUUUCUCCGAAACCCCAUUUUUCUCUAACGACUUCUCGCCUCCCCCUAUUGACAGUCAAUGUUUCGCUGAGAACAAAACCCUAAUUUUGAAUCAAAACUUUUGGGGGUUUUCCACCUAAAACACGAUGCGUACGAUGCUGACCGCUGAUUCGGACUUGCCUCCAUCGAUUUCACCGCCGUUGAUACCCAGCCCAAUCGAAACCCUAGACGAGUCGAUCGCAGUUCAAUCACUCGCUCUUUCCUCGCCCUGUCGAGUUCCCGACGUUUGUGGUGAUCAGGCUGCGGAGGAGGAGGAGGAGGAGGAGGUCUCGAUUCCGUCUCGGUUCGUCGAAACCCUAACCGCGCCUUCUCUGCUGGAUCACGUCGGGCGCAGCGACGACGGUCAACAAGCUCCUGCUCCUGACGAGUUCGACGAACCGUUCGCGGACAUUUGUCUGUCGGAUAAUUACAAACGGUGGACUCCGAAUGUGUAUGAUUCUGAUGAUGAGUCUAGUACAAGUUACUGGUUGAAGAGUUACAACCAACAGCCUUUGAUCGUCCAAGACGAGCAGCCCUCUGGUGUUGGUGUUGGGCUUUGGAAUCUAGGCAACAGUUGUUUUGUUAACUCCGUCUUGCAAUGUUUGACUCAUACUGUCCCUCUUAUCAACAGCCUCUGUGCUUACAAAUCUCCAGCUCCUUGUAACUGUGGGAAUGAGUGGUUUUGUGUUAGAAGUGCUCUUAAAGGUCACAUAGAGGAUGCACUCACCACUUCUUCAACAUCUUCAAUUGCUCCCUAUUACUUCCUUAACAAUCUUAACUAUUUUUCGGCUGACUUCAGGCGUUACCAGCAAGAAGACGCUCAUGAGUUUCUACAAGCGUUUUUGGAUAAGCUCGAGAGAUGUUGUUUUGACCCAAGUAUUGACCAUGACCCCGACUCUGUCUCUUCUCAAGAUGUUAACUUGGUUCAGCGUAUCUUUGGUGGUCGUCUCGUCAGUGAGCUUCGUUGCUGCAACUGCAACUCUGUUUCUGAGACAUUUGAAAAUUCUCUUGGGUUGAGUUUGGAAAUUGAAGAUGUUGAUAACCUCCAGAGUGCGCUGGAUUCGUUUACCCGUGUGGAAAAACUUGACGAGCCAAUGACGUGUGAUGACUGUAAAGAAAAAGUUUCAAAGGAGAAACAGCUCUCGCUCUAUAAGCUGCCACAGGUUGUCACGUUUCAUCUGAAGAGAUUCAAGAAUAAUGGGUAUUUUAUGGAGAAGAUCUUCAAUCAUGUCGAGUUUCCAUUGGAGAUAGACUUGCAGCCUUAUAUGAUCAGAAGCCAGAACAACGAAGUUAGUACAAAAUAUCGUCUGUAUGCUUUUGUGGAGCAUUUCGGGUCAUUAGCUUACGGUCAUUACUCUUCCUAUGUGAGGUCAGCCCCAAAGAUAUGGCAUAAAUUUGAUGAUAAGCAGGUCACUAGAAUCGAUGAAGAUAGAGUGUUAUCACAAGACGCAUAUAUUCUUUUCUAUGCAAGAGAAGGGAUUCCCUUGUUUUCGAGCACUUUACAACAAGAGGUUCAUCCACUGGUCGAAGCUAGCUUGCAAAAUCCUUCGCCGAACUCUGUCCUUGAUCCUACCAGCGGGGAGUGUUCGUCUGAAAUCAGUUACGAGAAUACCUGUAAAUCCAGCAAACUCUGUGAAGACUCAGCGGGAGUAACUGACCUACUGCAACAACAUGUCAAGCCGGAAGAAAGAUAUGUUUCCCUCUCCAACGAGUUUGACGAAGAUGUGUUGUUUGAAUUAGCAGAGUCCAGUGGGGAAGAUGGUGAUAACUCUAACGAUUCAUGCACUGAGAAAGAAGUAGAUUCUCGUUUAGACAUCGAAAGCGCUACUACCACUGGUGAUGACUCUGUUCCUUAUCUCAUGGUUCAGGAUCAAGACUCGUCUCAAAAACAACAGGAGGAAGUUUUCCAAUUUCAAGUCAAGAAACUGGAAGCCACAAAGAAUCAAGAAGAAGAAGAAGAAGAAGAACCAUGCAAGCAGCCAUUACUAAUAAGCCACGUUGCAGAGUCCAAGGAAGACGAAAUUGUUCAUAGAAGAGGCCUCAUGAAGAAACCUUUACCUCGUGGAAGAGUUUUGGACCAAGCCAUAUCAACAUCCGGUUCUCCACCCAAAAAACUAAAAAAGCAUGAAAAUGUCGAGCAUCUGGAACACGAAUAGGUAUCUUGUGCUCGUGGACUUUCUUGAUCGUUGACAACUUUAAUUAGACUAAAUCAGGUUUUAAUUGUUUUGAGUUUUGUGCAUAGUAAGCUAGUUUUGUUAUAAACGGUUGGAAGAAAACGAAAACCAUUGACGGAAUCUAAAGCUUUUUUUUUAAAAUCAAUAAACCAAAGUCAAGUCAA